GAGAGUUUUGCAGAGAGUCUGAGAGUUAGACUUCCAGUGCUCUGAGGUUCACUCUGGAAUACUCGACUCUGUUUCUUGACCCUAUAAUAAAAGCAUAAAGGAGUUAGAGUGCAGGGCUUGUGGAGGUUUGUGCAUGUUGUCUCUGUCCCAGUGAUGAAAGUCGGAUCCACAGCAUUCAUGCAUUCUCUUCUCCCUCAGAGUAACACUCACUUCACUCCUUUGGAUUACUGCUCUUUUCAGUGCUGAAGAAGCCUGCAGAGGCUUGAGGGAAGAGCCUGCACUGAGGAUUAUUUUCGCCUCUUGUUUUGCUCUUUUUUUUCCACUGAAAGUGAUUGCUGUCAUCAUCUUAUGUGAAUGAGAUUUUCCCCAACUGGAAUAAUGCCUUCGUGCUGGAGCAGAGGGUCCUGGGUCCCAGUGGUGUUUGGAGCUGUGCUGGUGGUUCUGACUGCUGGAAACACCGGACCGAACCAAGAACGAAGGCAGGCCGGUGCAUCCUCAUGCUAUGGAGGCUUUGAUCUCUACUUUGUUUUGGACAAAUCUGGGAGUGUGCAGAAUCACUGGACUGAAAUCUACCACUUUGUUGAACAUCUGGCUCACAAAUUCAUAAGUCCACAGUUGCGGAUGUCCUUCAUUGUCUUCUCCACUGAAGGGAGGAUUUUAAUGGGUCUGACAGAGGACAGGGAGCGCAUUCGUAAAGGUCUGGAGGAGCUGCAGAGGGUGCUUCCAGGAGGAGACACCUUCAUGCAUGAGGGCAUUCAGAGGGCCAGUGAGCAGAUAUACUAUGGAAAUCAUGAAGGCUAUCGGACUGCCAGUGUUAUCAUAGCGCUCACAGACGGAGAGCUGCAUGAGGAUCUUUUCUACUAUGCUGAGAGAGAGGCCAACCGCUCCCGAAGUCUGGGCGCCUCAGUUUACUGCGUCGGGGUGAAGGACUUCAAUGAGACACAGUUGGCCAAGAUUGCUGAUAGCAAGGACCACGUCUUCCCUGUAAAUGAUGGAUUUGAGGCUUUGCAAGGCGUCAUUGAUUCGAUCCUGAAGAAGUCGUGUAUUGAGAUCCUGGCAGCAGAGCCCUCCAGCAUCUGUGCAGGAGAGUCUUUCCAGGUGGUGGUGAGAGGGAAUGGAUUUCUCCACGCCAGGAACGUUGACAAGGUCCUGUGCAGCUUCCGGAUCAAUGACACAGUUACAAAGAUGGUGAAGCCUUUGGUUGUGGAGGAUACAUAUCUUCUCUGCCCUGCACCAAUACUUCAAGAUGAGGGAAUGGCGGCCAACCUCUAUGUCAGUAUGAACGAAGGUCUCAGUUUCAUCUCCAGUUCAGUCACCAUUACUACUGUAGGCUGUUCUGACGGGACCAUCCUGGCCAUAGCUCUGCUCAUCCUGAUGCUGCUCCUCGUGUUGGCCCUCCUCUGGUGGUUCUGGCCUCUCUGUUGCACUGUGAUCAUCCACGAGCCCCCGCCGCCAGUUGAGGAGGAGAGUUCGGACGACGAGGACUUGGAAACUCCUAAGAAGAAGUGGCCCACUGUUGAUGCCUCGUACUACGGAGGGAGAGGGGUCGGUGGAAUCAAAAGAAUGGAGGUUCGCUGGGGUGAGAAAGGCUCCACUGAAGAGGGAGCCAAGCUGGAGAAGGCAAAGAACGCCAAAGUGAAGAUGCCUGAGCAGGAGUUUGUGCAGCCCCCCACGCGGGUCCUCAACAAUGGCAUGCGCAAACCCCCAGGCCCACGCAAGUGGUACUCGCCCAUCAAGAGCAAAUUGGAUGCAUUAUGGGUGCUUUUAAGAAAAGGCUACGACCGCGUGUCUGUGAUGAGACCACAUCCAGGUGACAAGGGCAGAUGCAUGAACUUCACCCGCAUCAAGUCGAAUCCUCCUCCUCGCUACCCGCACUACAACCACCAUCCGUCUCCCAUCUACAACCCCUCUCCAAGCAAGAACCCCCCUGCUCCCCAGGGCAUGCUCCCACCGACCCCCAACAGCCUUUCAUCUUUCUCCUCCACCUUACCACCACUGCCCCCUACGCCCCCUCCCACCUCCAGCACGCCAUCUCCACCCAUCACGCCCCCACCCUACACCCCACCUCCUAACCGGGCUCUUCCACCCACCACCCUGCACAUACCCGCUCCGCCGGCGUUCCCGCCUACCCCUCCACCCUCCGCCUCCCCGACCGGCUCCUUGCCCCUCCCCCCGCAGGGACCUCCCCCUGGACGAGCCCCGCCUCCUGCCCGCCCACCGCCACGCCCCGGCCUGUAGAGCUCCGGCCCCCAACGGGAGAGCGGAGAGAGUCUUAAGGAUUGAAAAGGCAACACAAAGUCCUACCGGUGAUCUGCACGUGACGAUCCUUGAUUUUACCCAAUUAAUUGAGGAUAUCUGAGUGCCACGGUCAGUGGGCUGUGGCCUUUCCACUUUUUUGAAGUGGCGGACUUGUUUUCAGCUAUUUGUCUACAGUGACUUUUGUACACAUUUAGCCCAACAGUGCAAUUGUUCUCAUGCUUGAAGUUUAUAGACAUUCCCUGAUGGAUAGCUCUUACACAUGAGGCCAGGCGUGCUCGAAAACGUUCUUCCUUGGUGUCGUGGUCCUCAGAGCUGCUUCAGGCCCCACCGCCCCCCCAGUGGCCACAGAGGGAUGGACGAAACCCCCGACAAAAUCCUGAGCAAACAGCGAGAUGAUGAGCCUCCGUUUAUCCAUGAACGUAGGCUAUUAAGAAAGAGUACACUUGUGUCUAUCUGAGAACAUGUAUCAUGAUUGUACCUCCAAAAUACAUGGCCCGUAUAACAUUCUAUUUUUCCCGAGCAGAAAACAAGGUGCAUACUGUAUUAUGUUCCACAUACAGUAGAAGUAGGAUGAUUUAGAGGCAUCUGGAAAUCCCUUUUGUUGUAUUCCUGAACAUUGAGCAAUUGCAUGUAACGGUGUUUGAGUCAGUAUUUUUUUGUUUGUGU